UUUCGCUGUUGUACGAACGCUUGAAAAAUCAAGGUCAGACUAUCCUGCUAUCAAAAAUCUGUUUAAAUCAUUAAGUUGUCGUUCCAAACGUUUGUCAUCUUUGAACAAUGGCCACCGUGUCUAAACACAAGAAAGUGAGGAUCAUGAAACAGAAGUUGAAACUUUUUCGAGCCAAUGAACCAUUAAAAAGUGUACUGAUGUGGGGCAUAAAUUAUUCGUUUUCCGCUCUAAAUCAUGUGAAGCAACGUGCACUGUUAUUGAAAGACGAUUUCAAAGCAUAUAUGAAAGUGAAGGUUAAUAACCACCAUUUUAACAAGGAGAAUAUGCCUAGUAGAUUCAAGUUUAAGGAGUACUGCCCAAUGGUGUUCAAGUCAUUACGAGAUCGAUUUGGAGUUGACAAGAUGGACUAUUGGGACUCUUUCACCAGACACCAACCAUUGUGGGAUAGUACGCGUGGAAAAUCUGGAUCAAAAUUUCUAGUCACGUAUAACCGACAAUUUGUAGCCAAAACAAUCAGUUCAGAAGAAGUUGAACAAAUGCAUCAAAUGUUAGAAGAAUAUUAUUCUUACAUUGUCAAAGGACACGGCCAAACACUGCUUCCUCAAUUUCUUGGACUUUAUCGACUUACAGUGAAUGAUCAGGAGUCGUAUAUAUUAGUAAUGAGGAAUGUGUUCAGCCCAAGACUUGCGAUUCACAAGAAAUAUGAUUUGAAGGUAACGAUCUGUUGAUUAUUAGUUAGUUGUGGUUGAUUUUGUGUGUAUGAAUUUUUUUAAGUGUGAAUGAGUAAGUUUGACAUAGUGACUUUUGAGGAUGGAUGUAUGACUUUGUGUAGUUUACUCCAAUAGGUGCAGAGUUAUUUGUCUUUGUGUGCUUUCCACAUUUUCACCUGUAGAAUAUUCUGUAUUCAAGUCAUCAUGUGAAACGUUCUGUAAGUAUUCAUUCCUUCGUCGCUCAUGGGUCGACUGAAUUGUCGAGUUCCAAGACCAACAUUGACAAUCCUGUGACAGUUUUAAACAAGGAGCAUAAACGUCGUCUACGGAUUAAAAAGCAUUCGUUUCAAAGUACCACAGGUGUAUGUCAUGUUAUUGUAACUUUACACAUGCAUCAACCUACUCACCGUUUGAUUUGUUUCCUGUCUAAUACCCUGAUGGUGUGAAGUGUGUUGCUCUCUUAUGCGUAGCUUUUUAUUGCUACUCACACUGAACUAACCAAAAUCCUUGUGUAUGUGUUCGACUGAUUGCGUUUGUGUUCGUGAUUGGGUGUGUAGCGGAAUAGGAAAGGCAGUUUAGUUGUCAGUGUCUUGUAGAUUCCGAAGUUAUCCCUCACAUACACUUGAGAUUCUUCAGUGUGUUUGAAUUAGUGAAUAACGUAUCAGUUACUGACCACUAACAUUCUUUUUGAGUGAGCGUAUUUAUUUUCCUUGUGAUUGUUACACAGGACAACGAUGAAAUGUUGACACUUCUAACGCUUUAUUUUCUAUUUGUGCACACUUACAACGUUUCAAGAGUGUUUUAUGAUUCUGUUAACGCCUAACAAGUGGUUGUUUCUGUUCGUUUAUUUUAUUCGGUGAGUAUACCAGUCAUACAUAGAGGAGCGAAUAAAUUAAGCAACUAACAGACUAACCAAUGAACUGACUGACUAGACAAUUAAGCUAGAUAGGUUGUAAAUAAGUUAGCAAUUGUCAAGUGAUAAAACAGCAUAAAUCCUGUUAUGUUUUCGGACCCCUGUUUCAUAGUUAAUUAUGUAACUUUAACUUUAUCAUGUAAGUAAUUGAGAACUCUGAGUGUUUGUGUGCCUGUUCACUUAUCACUGGUGAUAAAGUCUGUUGAGUUAAUGAGUAUAAUUUCUAUAUAAUACGAUAUAAAUUUGCGAUAUUACUGAUGAGACAAUAUGUAGGUGGAGAUUGGAGUGUUUUCCAAAUAAAGUGUAGAGCUCAUAGAUGCCAGUUUGAAUAUACGUAAAUCUAGUGACAAGUAUUUUCCAUUAUUUGUAUAUAUUCACAUGUUGAACAAUUAUCAGUCGAUAAAGAACAGGCGUAGAAUAUAAUGAUAAAAUAAUCAUGUUUUUGUGAUGUUCGUUAAACACUAGUUCAAUCAUGAAAUCCUUCAAACUAUGUUUGAAUUCAACUCUGUUGACUUUCAGUGGGACUUUAAAUAAACAAACAAGUGGAGUGGCCAUAGGAUCUUCAGUAUCUUGGAUUGUUGCUAGUUUAUUUAUGUUCCAUAUUUAGUCGGUUACUUUUGCCAUUACUAUCAGACCACGCAUCAGGCUCAGACAUAUAGAUGACACAUUUGUCGUCAUUGAGAAUUCUCCUGAGAAAUUUCUUUGAACUGAUAAAUACGUUCUCAGCAAACAUCAAAUUUACAUUCGAAAAGGAAGAUGAACAUAGCGAAUUACUGUUCUUAGACUGUUUCGUUAAAAGAAAUCCUAGUGGAAAUCUAAAUCUAACUAUAUACAUGAAGGGCAAGAUGGAGGGAAAAGACAACAUAAUCAACAACUUACGAUCUGACAAUUGUCCUAUAAAUACUAUUAAAAACAUAUUAAAACGAAAUUAUCCAUCUAUAAAAGACAGUUUUAAUGGAAGAUUUUUUAUUGGUACUGUGGAUUUGCCUUAUCGCCAAGGUGCGAUUGGAGAAUUACGAAUGAUCUUGAAAACACAGAAUCGAAGCUUUCUAUGAAGAAGAAAAAACAACAACCAAUACUCCACGAAACUCUUAAAUUGGAAUGAAAGAUGAGACCCCGUUUACAUCUAGACAAGAUCGUGUGUACAGAUUGUGUUGUGUUGAUGUGAUGCGUUCUAUAUUGGAGAGUCUUCUUGUUAGAUCUUGACUCUUAUCAAGGAACACCUAAGCCACACAAAAGACAAUAGUGGAAAUUAUAUCGUGGAUAGCAGUACAUGUUAUUUCUAAUAAUCACCAAAUCGGUAUAUUGAAAAUGUCAAGAUAAUGUAGAAAGGUUCUUCCAGCUAGAAAGAAGAGAGCAGUUGAAACACUGCAUAUGAUGCUAAGUCCCUCUUCCCUCAAUAGGAAAAGAGGCUUGACCAUGCAUCCAGCCUGGAAUGUUUCUCCAAACAACCACAUUUAACUCUAUCCAUUUUGCACACCAUCUACACACAUACAGCUGAAAUACUAACUCUACUCCUUCAUAGUACAAAUUACACAUUUUAUAUACCCACCAUCAUACACAUAAAUAAACACAGUGUUGUCUCAUACGGAAUCACCUUGACUAAGUGUGUUGCUGUUUCUAAAUAUUUAACACUUGACACUUCAAACCACUUUUUGGCUGCGAGCCUAGCUGACCAAGUUCUGAAAAGUGAUCACAGUUGUGAAGAUAUUAAACAUUGGUUAAACUUGUGUGCAACGGGUUUUCUGUUUGGCAUUCAACCAUUAGAUCUCAAUUAUAAAUCCUGUCCCACGUUGGCUGUUGUGCUAUCCAGAUGUUAGUUUUACUGUCAUACAGUGAGUUUGACUUAGAGACAAACAUACAGGUAGACACGUUGUACUCGUUAUAGGUGCAUUGGACGCAUUGUUGAAACAACUUUCAUAUUUCCAUAUGGUUUGCUUAUUUGAAUAUUCUGGCAAACAGUCACAGAUGCGUUUUAAAUGAAGACCUAUCAAUAGUAUUUUCACACGGUCACCUUCCUUGUGUAGAUAAUUCUGCUUUUGGUGAAAACUUUGAAGUAAUAAUUAGUUUUGAGAUAGUGGAGAUUUGUAGCUCAGGUGGAUUGUUUUGGUGGAGUUUUGUCCUCUGAAAUUUGUGCUGAUGAUGUCGUUGAGAAGAACGAUGAAAGCUCCACGACCAAACCAUCCAGCUCAGAGAACAAAACUCCAUCAACAUAAUUAGUUGGAUUCGUAUGUAACUUCUCAUGAACGUAGGUGCUAACUACUGUUUUUGUCUCUGUAGUUGUUAUAGCCCAAAGCCGCCAAUCAGAGGCAGCGAAUUAUCGAUCGGAUCAAGGAUGCGUAAAACACGCGCGAGCAGCCUAGAGUUCUGAUUGUUCAUACUUUCCGCCUAGCCCAGCCAGUUAAGUCCAGAACGCCAAUCUCAGCCUCUGCAAUAUGAAUCAUGUAUUUCAAACAUACUCUGUUUAUAUACCGGUCAAGCAGACCACAUCGUACGAUAAAAAUAUACGUAUAGUAGUAUUGGUCCACAAAUAGAUCCCAAAAAACUACCACUCAUUAUUCUUUUCGGGACACAACAGUAGUGGUAAUCAUUCACCUGUCUCGACUAUUGUUUUUGGACUGUACUCAUCAUCUAACGUGUGUCGUUUUGCCUAGUGUUGCCCAAAAACUUGUUGAGUUAGUCGUCCAUACACUGUAUCCUUAUCCUCGUAAUUAGGGCUCAGCUGUGGAUCGUGAAGCCAACGAAAAGGAGAAGGUGAGCUCACAUCAUUUUCUUUCUCUUCGUCAUUAUCAUCGUUGUGUUCAUGAUCUUUUUCACUGUGAUAUCAGUCAAUUUCCGUGUUUGCAUGGAAUGUGUUUGUGCAUUUGUUUUCAGUGUGUUAGGCAGAUUUGUGAUUGCUUGCUUUCUCUGUUGUUAUGUGGUUGUCAGCACGAGACAUCUGAGACACAUGUCUACGCGUUGUAGUUGAAUGUUUGCUGUGAUAAACUUCUAGACAUGGUGUCAUGAAAACACUUUGUUUUUAUCUAUUCUACCCGGUAAGUAUAGUGUGCACAUAGUUGUGGUGGUGGUUGGCUUGGUCAAUAUGCUACGCUACCAAGGAUCAUAUCUUAUGGAUUUCAAGUAUUAAAUAAUACUUGGACAACUUGUUUAUGAGUAUUAGUGGGUAAAUUUGUAUUAUGGUAAUUACCACAGGAAAUAAUGUUUUCUUAAGUGUUGAGGGUGUCUCAUUCGCUUGGCUCUAUAAACCUAACCACACAACUACUUACUCACACUGCAUCCAAAAGCCGAUCAGAAACACUGUUUAGACGUGAGCAAACUAUAUAUAUAAUGACGAAUACACAGACUAGGAAAUGUGUAUAUUGCAGUACGGAUGUUUCUGUCUGACUGUCUAUUAUCAUUAACUAAUUGACAUUCACCUUCUCCAAUACGAUGUAAUUGUACAAUUCGAAAUUAUUCAUUAUCAGAUUAUAUUGUUAAAUGUAUGUGGAAAUAUGUUUCUUGGCAUGUGACAUUACUUUGCAUGUUAUAGGUCUUGAAGUUUUAUUCAGCAAGAAAAUAGCUUAUGAUGUCGGAGCCUGUGUCUGACAGAGUGUAGUACUGUACAAUGAAGAGAUUGUACGUGAUUCCUAUUUGCAGAUUGCUCGAAGUCUACUGACUGAAUAUUUGGUUAAAAAUUGUUCGGGGUGUUGUUAUCAAUAGCUUUUCUAUUAUCACGUGUCAUUCUCGGGACUGAAUGUAAGGUAGUCAUUUUCUGAACUAAAAUUGACCUUAUAGAAGACGAGGUUUUAUCUAUAGGCUGCAUGGUUUUGUGGAUUAUUUCUAAGAUGAAGACAUUGAGCAAUGAAAUGAUGAUGCAAGAUGUCUACGGUCUGUUGCGUAGUUAGUCUUUAGUGUUUGCUGUAUAGUCGGUACAUUCUAGAAUUAUUGAUUGCGUAGUACUAGGUCUUAUUCAUAUUGACCAAUGACAAUUGAAUGUGUAAUAACUAAAAUUAGUAUGAUGUGAAAUGAGUUUGUACAGAUAGAAUAUUUUCUAUGAAUGUGUUUAUAUGCAUGUGUGGCUUUGUUAAGGACAUAAAACAUUCCUUCGAAUUGUUACAGAGUUUAAAAUUCAUAAUGUUCUAUAAUUGUUGCAUGGUUAGUGUCAUAAGUCCACAUACAAGUAUAGAUUUAUGCGUAGGAAAUAAAAGUCAGAACUAAAAGAGAACCACUGAUGAUUAAUGGGAAUUCAUCUGAUUGAUUACAUCCAUGUUUCAGUAAGACACUAUGGUCACGCAUCUUGAGUAUUACCUAAGGGUACUGUCCGACUGUCGAGAAUGCAGUGGGUUUAGUUGGAAGAUGGCAUUAUCUUGUGGACUAGUAAGCCAGAUAUUUAGUCGGUACAGUUCAGAUUCGGUAGACACAGUCAUGGUCGAUUGAAAAACUAACGAGUGGUGAAGUGUAGGUGAGGAAAAGAUGGUUAGUAUAAGAAUUUUCCUACUCAGAUUUAUAGUGAUAUAAACGGGAUCAUGUUAACGUAGUCGUGUGAGCUCUUACUAGACCGUCUGUUUAGAGGCUCAAACCAACCACUAAUUUCCUAUUUACACGAAAGUGAAAUACAGAAUCGCGUCGAUGUCUGUUAUGAAGCAAAGACAAUUUGUUCAAUGAUGACUCGUUAGCCAUAAACACUAUCUGUUAUCUAAGGUUGUUGUGUGUGGCUACUGUCUGAUGAUUUUGCCACUCAUUCAACUGAUCGAUUACAUUUCUUGUUACUCUUAGAUAAAUUCAGUUGAUCCAGUUGUAUAAAAUGGGUGACAAAUAGUUUCAAUUUAUGAUUGGCAGUAAUUAUCAUCGCUAUCAUCAUGUUAGCUUGUAGUAGUAGUAGUAGUAGUCUUAUCUGCCAACUGUUGGUAUUACUGCCACAAUGGUCAUAAGUACAUUGAAUUUAUUUAUCUCCUACUUACAACAACGAUAUUUGCUGUGCUGCAUUUUCAUUGUACAAAGCUUCGUGUGAAUAUAUGAUUGUUGUGCAUAAUAUCAUGCUUUCACUGUACAUGCCGUAUUGUUGUGUACAUCUUUCUCUGACUAUAGUUAAACAACGUAUUAUGUUGCUGUUGUUGUUGUUGUUGUGUACUUUGUAACAUUUGUGCACCACCUGUUUCCUCCUUAACGCCAUUGUUCCCCUCCUUGUGUCGCUUCAUUUCAAGGUGCUCGUGUGUUUGGAUUUGUGCAUUUAAACAAAAAUAUUAGUAUUGUCUCUCCCCCUGAUUCUUUUAAUAUAUCACCAUUAUGAAUGAUCAUCAUGUGUAUUGGAUUUAAUUUUGUUUUUUUGUUUUUAUUUUUGUGAUACCAAUUAUUUUGUUCAGUGAUUGAGUGUAAACAAAGUAGAAAUGUGCAAAUUACCAGUAAAAUCUAAUAGUUGAAUUUGUAUAAUAAAGCAUAGAAUGUAUCCUGUUUUGGCACCAUUAUUGAAAGUGGUAAAUAUUUUGGUGUGAUGAGCAUCGUGUGAAGGUAGUGAACAGCAGGUUGCGAUGUGUUUUCGAAGAGAGGACAAUUGAGGUGACUGAGUUGUCGUUUGUUGUUGUAGACGACAGAGAGGAAAUGCAGUCUCUUCACUUGAUGUGGAAUUGCGAAUCUUUUCCUCUUAAUCGUUUUGCCGAAAGGAGAGACUUCUUAGCGAUGAUAUUGUGUGUACUUUAUUAUAAUUAUUUAAUGUCAAUCGGUCCUUGUAGAAUCUCGAAUUGGUUUGACUUUGUUGCUCGAAAAACUUGAUACUUAGAAAUGAAUUUGGGCACAUCAUCUGCGUUCGAGUUCAUCACCACCGUGUAGAUGUCAUAUAAGAUAAUGUUAUAAUGUUUCAUCUGAUCAUGUGUGGUUUUAUAUGAAUUGAGGAUAGUUGAUGAGGAUAAUCGACAACUUCUGGAAAGUUAGUAUUGAUACCGACUGAGUAUGUUGACAUCUAUUGAAGACGAGAUGUGUCUUGCUCAGAAGGCUUCUCUACUGUAAGUGUGAAUGUUCCCUGUAGUCAUAUCAGACAUUACUUAGCAUAGUGUUGGAGUUUUCUCAACUUUAAUUGACCGUCGAUAUUUCAGUCUUCAAUAUUUUCACAUAUUGUCAACUAUGAAAGAGUUGUAGUCUGGUUUGACAUGAAUCACUGGGAUGCGUGUGAGUUACCGAUGUUUGCAAGUUGGGUAGUUUUUCAUUAUGAAGUUACGAAAAGUUUUGUUUGAUCGGGAGAGUAAUAAGUGAAGUAGCUACACCAAUCGUUUGUGUGCGUAAUCACAUUGACUACCAAGACUAAAUGAUCGAAGUAAGUGUGAAUCACUCAUACAUUGACUUGUUUCACUUCACUGUGUAUUAAUUGAUCUGUGUUUUUACUAUUUGUAUAGUCGAAGCCCUUGCCAACUCUGAAAGAUGCAGAUUUUCUAACAGAUUUGUGCAAAAUGCAUAUUGGUGAAGAGUCUAAAAAGAAGAUGUUGAGUACUCUGGAAUGUGAUAUACAAGUAGGUGCUUGCUUGCUUGCUUGCUUCACUGAUUGAUUGAUUGGCUGAGUGCAUGAUGCAUGUGUUUUACCAUUAUGUUGUCGGUUUUGUGUAGAUUGACUUUUCAAGUAUGUGACAGAUUUUCGAAGAGGUCUUGCAGUUAUAUUCUGUGUAUACUGCCAGUUGGAAAUGAGUCGUAAUUGUGAAGUGAAUGAAUAGGAACACUGACUGACCGUGUGUUCGUAUUCUGUUGGGAAGUGUGUAGAGUUUGUGAUUGGUAGUGGUGUGACAGUUUCACAUUUAAAUGGUUACUUUCAAUAAGACAAGAUCACAUGUAGUGCUUGUGUACUCUUGAAGUAGUCAUGUCAUCGGUACUUAAGAAAGAAUCGAGAUUUCACAGAUGUAUAGAAUAUGUUUUACUUUGUUCUUGACAAUGAAUUCCACACUUGGAUGCACUUUCCUACAAUCGACUGUGCCAUCUUCAUCACCACUCUAAUCUUCGUCAUAAUCAUAAUCAUAGUUAUUCCCCUCACUUUCAUGUGACUAGUUGAUUUUAUUAUGUUAUAAUUAUGACAUUUUCUUCUUUAGUGUUGUUUGAUGGGAGUUUCCUAUUGAAUAUAUUUACAGUUAUUGUGAUUCGAGAGUACAGUAUGCUGCUUAUCGUUAUGUGUUAUUAUUAAUCCAUAGUAUGGUGAUAUUUGUCGUUUGUAAAACAUUUGGCCGUCAGACAAACCAUUGACUUCGUACAUAACCCUGAGGAGAUUUGCUUAGUAGAUUUCAUAUCACUUAAUGCAGUAGAAGAGGUGAGAAUUUUGUGUCAGUGUAUGCAAAUCUCGUGAGCAUGUUCGUAUUCACUGUGCAUAUUGAUUAUGAUUAUGAGCAGUGGUGAGUGAGUAGUGAAAGCCUAAGAGAUGAAAAAGGCAUCGUCGAUAGGUAACAGUAGAUAACUGUUCAGACUUAUCAAGGAUGUGUGUAUUAAAAAUCCUUCUAUUAGUGUGACUAGGCUGGUAGAAGCUGGGAUUACUAUUGACUCUCAGUGCAGGAGAUUGGAUCGGUUGACGGAACACUUUAGGGAACAGUUCAACUGGCCUUUGUUUUACUUGUGACAAUCACAAAGGAACCGGUUUAACUAAUGUAGUGUCCAAAAUGUUAGCGUUAAUGGUUGUUCGAGGCGUUCGACCAUUAAAGAAUAGAGGGUAUUCUUAGGUUCCUAGCAUUUGGUUGUCGGUGUCUUGGAAGCAUUGCUGGUGUAUUUUGGGAGGACCGAGUAAGUGAUUCUUGUGUUAAGAAUAUGGUAGUAGGUAAAGGUGGAGACCGAACUUUGCGUUAGCUUUCUUCAUCGACUGGGGUGGUUGGGACAUGUGUUACGUGUGUUCAACCACCACCGAUCUCAACGGACGAUAUUGUGUGGUGUAGGAAUAGUAUGGAAGAAAGUUAGAAGUCAAUAAACCUAAACAUGGCAUCAGUCCAUGAAGUUGUUAACAAUUGGACUGAGCCAUGUGAAUUGUGUAGACUAGCUGGUUAGGGUCCGUAUGGUUAUUGUAACGAAUGGUCAUAUACUUUGAAUGAAAUGGCUGGAAAUCGUUUGUGAUGGUCCGGGUGCAUCUACUGUUUGUCUGUUCUUGAAAAUUUGAGCUUUUGAGUUCCUCAUAUCUUUUUUGUGUCUUUUAAUUAUCAAUUAGUUUGCUCUUAUUAUUCUGUUGUUCUUUUUAUUACAUCGGAAGAUGAGAAUGAACCUGACAUUUUAUUUUCUACUCUGUCUUUUUUCGCUUCUUUUCGCUAAUGAAGUGUACACAGUUUCAUCAAUAUGAUUUCAGCGAGACCUUGAAAAGUUCGCUUCUCUGCUUCUUAUUGUUGUGGUUGUUUGUGUUUCCGCAAUUUCUAUGCUGAUCUGUACGCAUCACAUGAAGGAAACAUGUGACGUGGUAACCCUACUAGGAGUACUGUUUUGUUGUAGCACAUGGUGUGAUGUGUUACAACUGUCUACACCUACACUUUCAAUCUUCAUUACUAACGUAUGAAUUAUUGAAUUUGUGAAUAGCACAGAUCUACAUUGUGUUCAGAGUUGUUGUACCGUUGUAAUUUACUUUUAAUGUGAUCUAGAUAUUUGUAUGUCGUAUGCUGCGUCGUGAAACAGUUAAGGUGUCUAGACAUUUUAUUUAGUUCUAAAUCGUGUUUGUUAUACUGCGUAACACUUUCGAUUGCAUUCAUUGAUCAUCUGAGAUUUCACAACCAUUACUAUUAUUACUAUCAUGAAUACCAAUAUGUGUGUUGUCACAAUCUGUGCAGAUAUGUGCAGUGGUUAACAUGUGUUUGAGUAGAGAGGUGUACGAUGCAUCAUAACGGGAGGUAAUCGGAAUCGUCCAAUUAAUAUUAGAAUUGAUUUCAUCCUGAGUGUCUCCUACCAUUUGUGUGUGUGUGUAAUUUGCAUGAGAUCGGUGCAACAUAUUCUGAUACACCUUGUUACACGUGGAUAUCUAGAACGUUGCUAAUAACGGCUGUGCUACGUUGGUUUGCUGUGUUGUAAUGUGAACCUGUUUAAAACUCAACUGAAUAGCAUCUAAAAUGCUAGCGUCAGUAAUUAUCGGGCUCCUAACAAAUACUUGUGAAGUGCAAACACGAGAAAAGCAGAUUGGUUUGAGACCUGGUCGUGGGUGUAUCGACCACAUAUUCACCAUUCGUCGGGUUUUUUAGAACACAAACAUGCUUAUCGGCGUCCGGGAAUGCUGGUCUUUCUUGACUUAAAUCUGGCAUUUGAUUCUGUAGACCGGGAGAUUGUGUGGCAGUGUCUGUCAUUGAAAGACGUACCUCAGUAGUAAAAAACCUUGAGAAAGCUCUUUACUCGAACACUACCAGUCGAGUCAGAGCUUGUGGCAAACUGUUAUCUGACUUCGCAACGUCAAAUGGUGUCCGUCAAGUCUGUCCACUAUCUCCAUUUGUGUCCAACCUUGUCAUAGAGCUACUGAUGGAAAUAACGCUCUCAUGGACUGGAUUUUCGGGCAUUGAUCUCCUACUAAGAGGUCCACUUUUCGACUUAAAAUACACAGAUGACAUAGUCCUGUUUAACGAAGACGCUGAUGAAAUGCAUAGUGUUUUGGUAGCACUGAGUAACAAUGCCUGGAUGUUUAGGAUGUGUUUCUUCUACUUGAGAUGGAAAUUGUUGCUUCUCAGGUCUGACCUGUUUCAACACUUGAACUAAGGAUAGGGAGUGAAGUUGUCGAAAACCUUAAUUAUCUUCAAAGUCUGAUCAGCCCCAAUAUGUUGGUGUCUGACUAAAUCUUUUCACGUAUUGAAGAAGCUUGUUUGGUUUUUACCAGCAUACAUCACCUAUGGAGACGGCCCCGAAAUGCGCUGGUACAACCGAGAGUGGGGAGAAUCCACUCUUCCUCUCGAAACGCUCUCACAUGGCCACGUGCUUACAACCAGAACCAGGGAAGUGCUACACACUGCUUUCUCGUGGUGCGGGUGUUAUUUACGAAGUUGAGAGGACGAAAGGCGAAUGUCCGGCGCCUUAACCUGGUUGGUGGUUAUGAAGGAUCUACCUAGGGAGUUGGAGACUUUACGGUCGUGAAAUAUGACCAUUAAGAAUAGAGGGUAUUCUUAGGUUCCUAGUAUUUGGUUGUAGGCGUCUUGGAAACAUUGCUGGUGUAUUUUGGGAGGACCGAGUAAGUGAUUCCUGUGUUAAGAAUAUGGUAGUAGGUAAAGAUGGAGACCGAACUAUGUGUUCUGAUAAUAAAUUGACAGUAGUUUAUCAUUGAGUUAGUAAUAAACAGUUUUUCCAUAACCUUGUUUUGGUAACUAACUGUGACUUUUGAUUAUUGCUCGAAAUAUUAAUGAGCAACGAUAGUAUUUGAACAGUGAUCAGUGUUGUAUCAUUAGUGCAGUGUAUAUUAUGAAAUGAUAUCUCAGUAACGAGUGUCGAACGACUGACUUGUAUCAUACUGAAUAGGAAUUGGUUGAAUUGGUAAUCAAUGUAUUGAGUGAAUGAAUUGACAUGAUGUGCAUUUGAUCGUUGAUGUCUCCCUCUGGUUUGUGGUGGAAAUUCGACAUGCAUGUAUUGGAUUACUUAGUGAUGCACAAUGUUGUGAUUGUGUUCGUUUGUUUCUUUUUUUUUGCCUCAUGACAGUUCUUACAGGAGAACAAUUUGAUCGACUACAGCCUUCUUAUUGGGGUGCAUAAUCCUGAGAUUGCAUUGGCUAAUUCAAUUGAGGAUGCUGGUGAUGACGGUGAAGGGACUGGUGGUGGUGUGUUGGAGCCUAACAGUCGAGGCUUCGAUGAUAGGAUGGUGUCUGCAGGUGACGGUCUUGGAACACUUAGCUCACAAUGGCAAUGUGGUCGUUUGUCGAUGGCUAGAUCGAGUAUUGUGCUUGGUCUGAGCUCGUCAGCAGCUGCCGAGGCUGCUAGUUGUGGUGUUGGUACUGGGAAUGCGAGCACAGGUGAUGAUGACGAUGAAGAGGAGGACGGGAUCAGUAUACCAGAGAACAAUACACAAGUCCCUACAAGUAUGUGUGAUAUUGUUAUUCUUGUGUUAUUCCAUUUGUUGUUAGAGAGUUCAAUUCGACUGACUACUCUGUCUUAGCAUUAAUUAACAUUAUAAUUGUAAUUGGAUUUCAUCGACUGACUGAUUGUGUGACUGGUUUGUGUUGUUGGAUGCGGAGUUGUGUGAAUAAGGUUGAUGUUGAUCAAGCACAAAUGACAUUGUAUGUUUAUGCGAAUUGUACAGUGAGUUGAUUGCAAACGGUGAAGUUCUCAGCUGAUUUUCCUGAGUGUGUGUGUAUGUGUGUGUUUAGUGUGAUGGGUGCAUGAUUGAAGAAACAAUGCUGCACAUGUGUAUACGUACAUUUGAUGAGAAUUCAUUUUAAGACUGAUUGCAGUGAGAUGUUAUUACUAUUGUGAAGUGGUAAUUGUUUUUUGUUAUUAUAUUAUUAUUUUGGAAUGGGUGUGUGCAUAUCUCUCCUGGUGAAAGAUGUUGUUUGGUAAUGUUUUCCACUGAAUUUGUCUAAUCAUUCCAAAUAGACAAUGCUUAUGAGGUAUUUCCUUCCAACUGAAGUGGAAUGACUCGGUGGUUCUCUCACCUUCCAUCCUGUCAGUGUGCGUGUGUAGUUGUGCAUGUAUGAUGACCUGGAUGUGUUGUGCGUUGAUGUAUUAUUCGUGCGGUAAUUUGUAUCUUGUUCUACUUUUGAUGAUUUCAAGUGGCCUUGAUGUCAACCUAAGUGUAUCCAGUGCGUACAACGAUGCCUGACAUUGGAAGAAAGGUACGUAGAAAGGUAGAUUGAUAGAUAGAUUAGAUAGAAUUAGAUUAUAUUAGAUUAGACUAGAUAGAUAGAUAGAUAGAUAGAUAGAUAGAUAGAUAGAUAGAUAGAUAGAUAGAUAGAUAGAUAGAUAGAUA